AUGCCAGUUCCUCUUGCCCUUGCUGCACCGGCAGCUGCGGCAUUCCUGGCAUAUCUAAAUGCUCGUAUUGGCUUGAGCUACGACCUGGUGCUUAUCUCCUCUUUCCUCCGAGGAACAUUGCGAUGGCGUCUUGCGGAGCUUCAGAACCGUGUAAACUUGUUUUACCUUCUUGAACGCCACGCUCUCUCUCGACGUUCUGCAAAUAAGACUUUCUUCUGCUUUGAAGGCCGCGAAUGGACAUACAAGGAGACGUACGAGAUCACAUUAAAGUAUGGGACAUGGCUGAAAAAUAAACAUGGCAUAAAGCCUCGAGAGAUUGUGGCCAUGGACUUUAUGAACUCGCCCGAAUUUAUCUUCCUUUGGCUGGGACUGUGGAGUAUUGGCGCACAACCCGCGUUCAUCAACUACAAUCUCGGCGGCCAGCCGCUCCUACACUGCGUCAGAACAUCGACGGCACGAUUGCUACUGGUGGAUGAAAAUGUCCGAGAAAAAAUCACCCCAAAUGUUCUUGAUGAACUCUCUUCGCCCUCCUUUCGUGAGAACGGCGGCCCAACCGAGGUGGCCUUCUUUGACGCUGCGGCGAUCUCGGAAAUUGAGAGCACACAGGGAAUCAGAGUGCCUGACGAGGCUCGUGAGUGGGCAAAACCAGAGGAUAUGGCUAUUUUAAUAUAUACCAGCGGCACCACUGGAUUACCGAAGCCCGCUGUGGUAGGAUGGUACAAGCUAAUUCUGGGAGGCACAUUUUGCUCUCUAUGGACAACCGUACGAGCAGAUGAUAGAAUAUACACAUGCAUGCCUCUGUACCAUUCCUCAGCCGUCGUGCUGGGCUUCGGCACAACCCUCCACGCCGGCACCUCCAUUUGCAUUGGCCGCAAAUUCUCUACCAGGACGUUUUGGAAGGAAGUGCGACAGUCAAACUCCACCGUCAUACAGUACGUUGGUGAAACGUGCCGAUAUCUCCUUGCUGCGCCUCCCGAGAUUGAUCCCGAAACUGGCGAAUGCCUGGACUCGAAAAAUAAUGUUCGAUUAGCAUUUGGCAACGGUCUGCGCCCUGACGUCUGGGAGAAAUUCAAGACCCGGUUCGGUAUAGAUGCCAUUGGAGAAUUCUAUGCCGCGACUGAAGGCAUGUCUGGCGCAUGGAACCUGUCCCGAAACGACUUCACCCGCGGCGCAAUUGGGCGCAACGGCCUCUUGGCUCUGAUGCUUCUGGGAUAUACCGUGACAGUAGUCAAAAUAGACUGGGAGACGGAGCAGCCUUGGCGAGACCCCAAAACCGGUCUGUGCCGGAAAGCCGACACGAACGAGCCCGGAGAGCUACUCUACUAUGUCAAAGCGAAGCAGAUUGGCAAGACAUACCAGGGCUACUUCAACGACACCAAAGCCAGCAAUAGCAAGAUUUUACGCAACGUCCUGAACGAAGGCGAUGCGUGGUUCCGCACGGGUGAUGUCGUCAGAUGGGAUGCCGAAGGACGAUGGUACUUUCACGAUCGAAUAGGGGAUACAUUCCGAUGGAAGAGCGAAAACGUUUCAACUACCGAAGUCUCCGCUCUCCUAGGCCACCACCCAUCUGUCCUCGAAGCCAGCGUCUACGGCGUCGCUCUCCCCAACCACGACGGCCGAGCAGGCUGCGCGGCUCUCGUCCUCUCCGAACCGCCGUCCCCCAAACUCCUCUCGUCGCUCGCUGAACAUAAUCUCUCCUCUCUCCCGCGCUAUGCCGUUCCUCUCUUCCUCCGCAUCACAUCUUCAAUCCAAACUACCGGCACGAAUAAACAUCAAAAGCACGUCUUGCGUAAAGUUGGUGUCGAUCCCGCAAAUGUUCCGUCUACUGAUCAACUCUACUGGCUUCGCGAUGGGACGUAUGUUCCUUUUGGCGCGCGGCAGUGGAAGGAGAUCAGUGGAGGCGCGGUCAAGCUGUGA